AUGCAAAUGAUACGGCAAGUCCUCCGCCGAGCAGCUGCCACGAGCGGUCGAGCGGCCUUCAGCGGUCGAGCGCUCUCGACUGCCCGGCGCUGUCCUUCUUCCAUCAAGCGCACGUAUAGCUCUGCAGUAGACGAGAAAGAGGCAUAUGCAACUUUUGAAAAGGCCAAGCAGCUGAUAAACGAGGACAACAUGCAAGAGGCCAUGGGGUGUCUAGGGGUGGCGGCACACGCCAACAUUGCAGACGCGCAGUAUUUGCUGGGCUCGCUGCUGCUGAACGAAGAGGAGGGAGAAGACGAGGACGAAGACGAAGCUCAGUGCAAGAACAAGGAGCUGAUCCGCGACGCGGAAGCCAAUCGACAACGCGUUGGACGUAGUGGCGACCAUGAGACCAUCAAAGAUAUUCGGAAGGGUGCACGUGCUGCUUACAAGCAAUAUUUGAUGGAGCAGAAACGCAAGGCACGAGCGAAAACGACGCGCUUGGCUGAUGAUGCGUCAGUGGUGCAGCGCACGACGACUGGCGAGCUCGACCGCGCAUUUGGCAAGACAAUGGAGUUUUUGCUGCAACCAAAGUCGAAGCUAGAGCCGCUGCUCGAGAGUGCUGACAAGGGACACGCAGACAUUGCAAAGACAGAGCUGGAUACGACAAAAGCAGUGGAGUGGGUUCGACGUGCGGCGGAUAACAGCCACCGAGAUGCUCAUGUUCAGCUUGGAAACCUAUGUUUGAGCCAUGACCCGCCGAUGGCACUGGAGGCCAGUGCCUGGUAUACAAACGUGUCGAAGGGCGAGAAUCCACACCCGGAUGCAUUGUACAACCUUGGCGUGAUGUUGUAUGAGGGUGUUCAUCAUGCAGAACCGCCUUUCUUGGGCAACAAGAGUGCGUCGAUCGCUUUCUUUACUCGUGCAGCAGAAAUGGGUGAUGUGUCGGCUCAGUUUUUCAUGGGAACGCUGCUGCAUCAGGGAGACACAGAGCUGGAAAUCGAGGCAAACUUUACAAGUGGUCUCAUGCUUAUCGAGAUGGCAGCCAGUAAGGGUCAUCCUGGAGCUUUAUACUACUUGGCGCAGUUGUACCGCUCAGGCGAUGACGUCAACAACUUUGCUGCGGAUCGAGCCAAGUUCCUUGAGCAUCUGGACAAGGCUAUGGAGGCGGAAGAUGCUGACGCGUACUUUUGCAUGGCAGACAUCUACUUGCACGGUAGUGACGGGUUCGAUCAGGAUCAUGAGCAGGCACGCCAUUUUUACUUAGCUGCUGCUCAGCAAGGACACGCAGACGCAUUCUGCUGUCUUGGUGCUUUGUACUACAACGGUGUCGGCGUAAAGCAGGACUUCCAGAAAGCUUUUUACUACUAUCAGGAGGCGGCUGACAGAGACUCAAUGGAGGCCUGGAAGAACCUUGCUGAGAUGUACACAGUUGGCCGUGGAGUUGCUCGCAACGAAGCCACUGCCAAUGCUAUCAUCGCGAUGCUCAAGAAGGUCGAAGCAGAGGAGCCAGUCGGCAGUUAA